UUUUCAGCAAACGUAAAUAUCAUUUAUACGGUUAUUUUGUUUUUACCAUUCUGCUCCAUAACAAUUCUGCUCUAUAGAAACCACAGCAAACGUAUUCUUCUUCAUUCUUUGUUAUUCUGCAACGCUUCAAGAAUUAAAUAUCAGAAAAUGGAAAUAGGAAAUAAGGUUUACCUAAAUAACAUUGACCAGAUAGAUGAAAAAUCGCAUAUCAAGGUUCGGGUGCUUAAAAUUUGGAACUUUGUCAAAAUAAUAAAGUUUGUUCCAUUGAAAUGAUCAUCAUGGAUGAGGAGGGUACACAAUACCAAGCUCGUGUCUUCAAUCAGAAUUUCUCCAGAUUUCGUCAUCUUUUAAAGGAAGAUGAAAGUUAUAUAGUUAUAAAACCCAAUAUGGCUGCUGUUACUAAUGGUUUUAGUUAUACAGAUGUUAUUGGACAUAUCGUGUCAUUUAGGCCUCUUGAAACUUCAAAUCCAGUACCAUCCAAGCAUUAUAUAAAAGUCACUCUUAGCAACCUAGAUUCUGUACAUCUGAAGGUUACUAUUUUUGGAAGUCAAGCAUAUCAAAUUUCAGAAUACCUAAAAAAUAACCCGACUGUUAAUUUUGUUGUUAUCGUGAUGCAGUUUUUGAAGCUAAACAUUUGGAAUGGUCUUGGUGAAGCUAAAAGUCAUUUUGAAGUAACGAAAUUGUUCAUAAAUUCUGACAUUUAUGAAAUAAAUGAGUUUAAAAAUAAGUUGAAAUGUCAUGACAAUUUCGGUAUAACUGAAAAAAGCAUAACUACACUUCAAAGCUACUCUUCUUCAUAUACAGAUGACUUUAAGGGCAAUUUUCCAUUAAAAACAAUCUGUGAGAUCACCGAACCAAUUAAGGAAAUGAAGUUUUUAUUAGUUGCUUCCAUUGUUAAUAUAAGGCAGAAUCUACCAUGGUAUUAUGAAGCAUGCAAAAAAUGUGGAAAAAAAAUUAUCCCUGUUCCCAAAACCAAUCAUUCGUAUACCAACCCUGAGGGAAUUUCAGAAACUAUGGUUGUCGAGUGUACAAAUGCACAAUGCAAAAAAUCUGAAUUUCAGUAUAUAAUUCCAAUUAACGUACAAGAUUGUACUGGAACCAUUGGAUUGACUCUUUUUGAUAGGGAAGCAAGGAGGUUGUUAAAUAUAAGUGCCUACGAGUUGAAAAAGAUACAUGAUGCGGCCGGAGACAGUGAUGCCCUAUUUCCAAUGCAACUUAACGUGUUGAAAAACCGCAAGUUUGGUUUUGUUGUAGAUAUUACAGAAUACAAUGUCAACAACUAUAAUAACAUCUACACAGUUCUCAGAGUUACAGAAGAUAUGUCCAUUGUUUGUGAAUUGGAAAGUAAAAUAGAACUUAUGAGUAUUCAAUCUGUCUCCUUAAAUCAAGUUGCUUUGGAAUCCGAUGAUGUUGUACAGCCUGUUCAAAAGGAUGUGAUCUCACAAACAGACGAAAGUUUUACACCCUCAACAGUUGAUAAGUCAACCGCAACAAGUCCUUGCAAAAUAUCAGGUGAUUUGAAGCGCAACCUCCAAGAAAUUUAUGAUGUUGAUUCUGGAUAUGAUUUAAGUUCAACUAAGGCUAAAAGAAAGUCAACCGCAGAGGAAACUCCACUCUUGAUUCCAAAAAUUGAAAAGUGA